AUUUUCCGUGUAUUACGUGCGGUUUGAGGUUCCCACGGCAGCAACUGUGAAGGUUAUUGCCUUCUAGUAUGUGACUACGUGUAGUUUGAUAGAGGGUUUGGGAGAUAUGUGCUGUCUCCAUCUUCAGGGUUGGAAAGUAAGAAGAAUAUGGAUGUAGUUAUGGUGAUACAGGGGCCUUAGAAUUGUUCGUGCUUCUCCCUAAUCUGAUUGGUUCACUCAGAGCUAUUGUCCUUACCAAUCUUCUCAUUACAUCGGUACUAGAUUUCGUUAAAGCCCAAUUGAAGCAUAUUAUUCUACCCUGAAGAUGGAGUCACAGCAUUCAUCAUUGACGCGGAUAACCAUCUGCCAGGCUACACAGCCACGCGAAGGAAAAAAGGCAUUCAGUGACAUGACGUGCAAGUUGGGGUCUCCUCAGGCCACGCGACGCACGACGUCCAAAAAAUGCGAUGAUUUCGUGAUGGACAUCGAGGAAGACAAUAAAUGGCGCAAACCGAAUGGACUGUUCGACUUGCUGAGGAACAAUACAAUGGAGUUCUGCUGCUCCACAAGCCUCCAUGGCUUGCGGUAUAUAGGCGAGAACCACAGACACGCGUCAGAGAGGAUAUUCUGGCUGAUUUCAUUCCUCAUCAGCACGGCUGUGGUGGCCCAUUUCAUAUUCAAAAUAUGGAUAAGAUGGAAUACUUCGCCUGUGCUCGUGUCCUUUGCUGACGUCCCAACCCCCGUAUGGAACAUCCCCUUCCCAGCGAUCACAAUUUGUCCACAGGUCAAAGUGAAGAAUACUUCGUUCAGUGUUUCAUCGACACUCCUCAAGGAUAACAAAACAGACGAAGAACGUGAGAAACUGCUUUAUUCAAGACUGGUGUGCGAUAUAGAAGACUUUGAAUCAAACGGAAAUGACACAGUAGACAACAGAGCGAUUAAAUUCAUCGAGGAGGUUGCACCGGAAAUAGAUGAAGUAAUGUUCGAAUGUUACUGGAGAGGAAUCUUGGAAAGCUGCUCAGAUAUCUUUACUUCAGUUCUGACAGAUAAUGGACUAUGCUACACAUUCAACAUUCUCAGUUCCACUGAGCUGUUUAACAAUGGCACGAUUCAAAGAGAAGACAAGCAUUUAGAUCAUGGUGAAACUUCAAACUGGAGUCUUGAGGGUGGUUUCCCUGAUAAUAAAGCAAAUGAAGCAUUUCCACGUCGAGCUCUGGAUGCUGGAGCCUACUCAGGCCUCACUAUAUUCAUCUAUAUGGAAAAUGAGAACAUUAAUCCAUUAUGUAGUUUCUCUAUCCAUGGGGUUAAGGCACUAUUACAUAAUCCGACUGACUUCCCAAAUGUGGUGAACCAAUAUUUCAGAGUGCCUCUGGACAGAGAUGUUGUGAUUGGUAUUAAGCCUAAUGUGAUGAGCACAAGUGCAGAAUUGAGAAGCUAUCCACCAGAAAGGAGACAAUGCUUUUUCACCACAGAACGCCAUCUGCUGCAUUUCAGCAUAUAUACGCAAGAAAACUGUGAUUCUGAGUGUUACACAAACUACACAUUGAAAAAUUGUGGUUGUGUUGCGUAUUAUAUGCCACGAGAUAAAAACACUCCAAUUUGUGGUCCAGGAAAGAACCAGUGCAUGAAAGAGGUGUUAGAAAACUACGCAUCGGAUGACGAGGGCUUGUCUAAGUGCAACUGUAUGCCUGCCUGCGCCGAAAUCACAUACGAUGUUGAAAAUUCACAUGCAAAAUUUAGCUGGCUGGAUACUCUGAAUGCAUUUGACAAAAUUAGAGGUUCUAAUCAAACUACAACUGCAAAAGAAAAAAUUGCCAGAGCAGCAUUCUACUACAAAGAACGUCAGUAUGUGACAAGUCGUCGGGGAGAGCUGUAUGGACCAGCAGACUUUUUAGCAAGCUGUGGAGGACUUCUUGGGCUCUACUUGGGUUUCAGCAUCCUAAGUUUGGUUGAGAUCGUCUAUUUCUUCACUGUGCGGCUCUGCUAUAAAUUCCAGUCAAGCGAGAAGAAACAUCCAGCACCAUGAAGCAUAAUAGCGUCAGAAUAUAAUAUAAUAAGGAUAGGAAUAAGAGUUUUACAAUUCAUUCUUCAAACAGAGAACAUUCAUACACAAAUAAAGAAAGACAUAACCUUAAUAAAAAUAUAAUAUGUGCAGUCAAAACUAUUAGAGUAGAUCAAUGGAAAAGUUAAAUAUGGAAACUGUAGCUAUAGAUUGGCACUGUUCAUUUCAAGGUUUCUGCCCAUUACAAAAUGUACUUUGAAAACAUUUGAGAAUUUGGUUGUAGAGAAUUACAAAGUGUUUGUCAGGGUUUAUUUUAUAUCUGAGGGCCAAAUCACCUGACCACCAACUGAAAUGAUUAGUAAAGCUGUGACUGAAGGAAACUGAAAGCAAAGAGAUGUAAGUAUUUUUGAAAAACUUUGUUGUUAUAGGGACUUUUGCUUCUAGACAAUAUCACUGCUUUGUGCAUAUUGUUACUCUAUUAAAUUUAGUAGCUUCAUAUAAAUAUACUUCUCUUUUGAGAACUUCUUAAGAUAUUGAGCUUAGUUACCUUUGAAUAAGUCAUUUUUCUUACAGGGAAUCUUUACCAGAAUCGUUUCCUUUAUAUAGCAGCAUCACUUCGUGCAUAUUGUCAUUCUGUUGAGUUUGUUAUGUUAGUAUAAACGUAGAUGCCUUUUCAGAACUUCUCAAGUUAUUUCAUUAAGUAUUUUUGAUAGUCGUUGUUUUCACUAAAUUUCCAUUAAAUUUUCAAUGGACUUUAUGGUAAUCAGUGUAAUAGCAGGCAGAACAUUGAAGAAUUAAGAUUUCAGAUGAACAGGAUAUCACUCAUCUGACAAAUGCUGAUAACCAAUUUUGCUUGUAUCAGAAAUUAACUUACAGAGAGGGUUAAACAAAGCAGUGGAGUUGAGUAAAAUAAAAUUUCAGGCAAACAUCUAAAGGAAUGGGUAUAUAGCGAAAAUACUUGCAAGAAUGAAAAUAAUUAUAAAUAUUUAUGUUACAUUAAACAAAUUUGAUGUAAAAUAUCUGAUAAACUAAAUGAAGGUAGAGAAGGAAGAUUGUGUAAUACUAGAAGGAAGACAGAUUUUAAAAACAAAAUGAGAAGAUCCUUUCAGUUACAACUAAAUAAUAUAACAGAUAAGCGAAAUUUAACUUUUGCAAGUUAACUUUCGUGUUAGGAGAAAAAGCGGAAAAAGAGAAUAAAAGCUGCUCAUAUGAGAUGUAUUAAAUUAUGGAUAGGAGUAAAAUUAGGAGAUAGAAGACCAAAUAAAGAAACUGAGAUUCACUGCAAACUGAGAACGUCGUGACAGUAAAGAUAUAUUGAAUAACUUGAAACAACAUGAAACAAAUGCAAGAUAGCAGUUACUAAUAUCAGUCUGCUUAUGUAAGGCAAAAAGAAACAGAUGUGGGAAACCUCAGGAGCAGAUGACAAGAUCAGUUUUAAAACAUAAGAACUUUAUAAUGCCUCUGUAGCAUGUAAUUCUUGAGUUG